GCGACCGGCAGGCAGGCAGCGGCGCACCAACGCAAAGCGAAGGUUAACCCACCCACCCACUCACAAGCCCGCUCGCUCGCCCGCCGCGACGCGCUCCUGCCCGCGCCCCCACCUCCCUCCUCCACCUCCGCAGCGCCCGCGGUAACCUCACCACGCCACGCCGCAUCGCGUGGUGCGAGCCCCAACCGUCGCCGGCCCGCCCCAAAUUAAGCCGCCCCCGCGGAGCGAUCCGGUGGCCACCGCCUGGUCCGCUGCCGCCCCGCCGGAGCCGAGGAGGAAGGGGGGAGCGCAGGGGGGGAUGCUAGAGGCGAAGCCGCCGUCGCCGGGCUCCGGCGCGGCCGGGGCGGCGGCGCACAUCCACGGCCACCGGCGGUGGGCGGCGCCGCUGCUCGCGUCGGUCCUGCUCUCCUCGCUCCUCAUCUCCGCGUCGCUCUUCUUCUCCUCAUCCCGCGCGCUGCUCCUCUCCUUCUCGCCGCUCCCCUCCGCGGCCUCCGCCGAGCCGCUCUUCGUCGAGGCCAAGCUCCGCCAGCAGAUGCGGGCCGAGGACCGCCCGCCGCGGGGAGCCGUGCCCAGGAUCGCCUACCUCGUCUCCGGCUCCGCCGGGGACGGCGCCGCGCUGCGAAGGACGCUCAGGGCGCUCUACCACCCGGCCAACACCUACGUCGUGCACCUCGACCUAGAGGCCCCCGCCGCCGAGCGCGCCGAGCUCGCCGCAGCCAUCCGGUCCGACCCCGUCUACGCCAGGUUCCGCAACGUCAAGGUCGUCACACGCGCGAACCUCGUCACCUACCGGGGCCCGACCAUGGUGGCCAACACGCUGCACGCGGCGGCCAUUUUGCUGCGGGAGGGGGGCGAUUGGGACUGGUUCAUCAACCUCUCCGCAUCCGACUACCCGCUCGUCACCCAGGACGAUCUGUUACAUGUGCUCUCUGAGUUGCCAAGGCAGCUUAACUUCAUCGAGCACACAAGUGACAUCGGAUGGAAGGAGUACCAGAGGGCAAAACCAGUGAUCAUCGACCCUGGGCUAUACAGCCUGCAGAAGUCUGACGUUUUCUGGAUUACAGAGAAAAGGAGUGUCCCAACUGCAUUCAAGCUCUUUACUGGCUCAGCAUGGAUGAUGCUUACUCAUCAGUUUAUUGAAUACUGCAUAUGGGGAUGGGACAAUCUACCAAGGACAGUCCUGAUGUAUUAUGCCAAUUUUCUUUCUUCACCAGAGGGUUACUUCCACACAGUCAUCUGCAAUGUCCCGGAGUUCCGCAACACCACAGUCAACCAUGAUCUACAUUUCAUUUCUUGGGACAACCCACCAAAGCAACAUCCUCAUUAUCUCACACUCGAUGAUUUUGAUGGUAUGGUUAACAGUAAUGCUCCCUUUGCACGGAAGUUUGGAAGAGAAGAUCCCGUGCUGGACAAGAUUGAUCAGGAACUAUUGGGCCGCCAACCUGAUGGAUUUGUGCCUGGUGGAUGGACAGAUUUGUUGAAUACAACUGAGAAAGGAGGACCCUUCACUGUUGAACAUGUCCAAGAUCUCCGCCCAGGGCCUGGUGUUGACAGAUUAAAGAAACUCGUCACAGGCUUGCUCACCCAAGAAGGUUUUGAUGACAAGCAUUGCUUGUGAAACUCCCAGUAAGAUGAUUCCAGGGCAGUAGAUUUACACGGUCAAGUUUGAGGGCAUUGAGCCAAUUGCUAGUAAUGUCUACUAGCGAACAAGCAGCACAUAACUCAUGUCCGCGUGGAUGCAACGAUAAGAUAGGUGCUCUUAUAGACAACCGCUUGAGUUGAGUUACGGUACAGCAGGAGAUCAUGGAUGUAGCAGGCGGAGAAUAUACAGAACUAGUAGCUUAUUAGGUUAUGGUAGAGGAUUAUAUCAGACCCCAACCAUCAAUAAUCUUGGAAAUUUUGACAUCUCUGCGCUGCGUGUUGUGCAAGGUGGUCCAUUGCUUGUCCGGAAGCCAUGGCACCGGGUAUUUAUCAACUGGUAGCGCGUGAGACUUUGUUGUAUUGACCAGCAGAUAUUUCUGGGCAAACUGAUACAUUUGAUUGCAUACAUGUAUUCUUUUAUUUCUUCUCCUUUUUGAUGAGUAUAGCAAAUUGGUUGUGCUGUUGUCUUGCCUGCA